AUGACCCUCUGCAUCACCAGCGCUCUUCUUUCGACUCUCUUCGUCAAGGUCAGGAACCUCUUUAGACACGAUCGAAACAUACCUCCUCGAGCAUCGAGCUUUUCCCGCUUGACCUUCCAAGAUGGCUACCGCAGUAGACAGGCCGAUGACGCCACAACCGAGAAUCGCAACGUGACUCGAAGAAUCCGCCAUGUUCGACUUGACCAGCUUGAGUGCUUGCUGUCGAUACAGAUAAAGGUGAAGUAG